AUGCAACUUAUAUUUAAUUUUCUUCUUGUCACCGGUGCGAUCGUUCAUGCCUAUGACUCCAGCAAUAUCGGUUGGGAUGAAGCCUACUCGCAGGCCAAUUACGACUUGCAGAAGCUGAACCUGACAGAAAAAGUCGGAAUCGUGACCGGGAUGACCUGGAAAGGCGGCCCCUGCGUAGGAAAUACUUAUGCGCCCGACUCCAUUGACUAUCCCUCGUUGUGUCUGCACGACUCUCCGCUGGGUAUCCGGUUUGCGAAUCCCGUGACGGCCUUCCCCGCAGGUAUUAACGCGGGCGCAACCUGGGAUCGGAGCUUGAUGUACGCUCGCGGAGCAGCAAUGGGAGCGGAGGCCAAGGGACUGGGGGUACAUGUGCAGUUGGGACCGGUGGCUGGACCACUGGGAAAGAACCCUGAUGGCGGAAGAAACUGGGAGGGCUCGUCGGGGGAUCCUUAUCUGAGCGGAGUUGCUAUGGAAGAAACGAUUCAAGGUAUGCAGCAUGCCGGGGUUCAGGCCUGUGCCAAGCACUGGCUCGGGAAUGAGCAAGAACACAAUAGAGAAACCAUCAGCUCCAACAUGCCUGAUCGAGCCACACACGAGCUAUAUGUGUGGCCGUUCAUGAACGCAGUCAAGGCCAACGUGGCUUCGGUCAUGUGCUCCUACAACAAGGUCAAUGGUAGCUGGGCCUGCGAAAGCGAUGACAUUUUGAAUGGGCUCAUGAAAAAUGAGCUGGGAUUUCGUGGGUAUGUCGUCAGUGAUUGGAAUGCGCAACACACCACCGUCAACAGUGCCUUGGCAGGUUUGGACAUGACCAUGCCGGGGAGCGACUUCAACGUUCCGCCCGGCAGCAUCUUCUGGGGGGAGAACCUGAUCGAUGGCGUGGUAAAUGGCAGCGUACCCGAGUCCCGUCUGGACGACAUGGUCACCCGCAUUCUGGCCGCGUGGUAUCUCGUCGGCCAAGAUAAAGCAUACCCUGAGGUGGCAUUCAACUCGUGGGAUGGCGGCCAGGCCAGGGUUAACGUAACCGAUGACCAUAACUCUGUCGCUCGCGCUGUCGCCCGGGACUCGAUCGUAUUGCUCAAGAAUGAUGCGCAUGCACUACCGCUCCAACGGCCCAGAAGUCUAGCUAUCAUCGGCGAGGAUUCCAUCGUGAACCCAGCCGGACCCAAUGCAUGCAGCGAUCGGGGCUGUAAUAAAGGCACGUUGGCCAUGGGUUGGGGGAGUGGAACCUCUGAGUUUCCAUAUCUUGUUUCCCCUCUCGAUGCCAUCCAGAACCGUGCGACAAAGGAAGACACCAAGAUCGUCUCCAGUCCUACUAGUGACACAACUGCCGCAGCCUCUGCUGCAGCUGCCGUCGAAACAGCGCUGGUAUUCAUCACCUCGGAUGCAGGCGAAGGGUAUAUUACCGUCGAAGGCCACGCCGGCGAUCGUAACCACCUCGAUCCAUGGCACUAUGGUAACGAACUUGUGCAGUCGGUGGCCAGUGCAAACGAGAAUGUGAUUGUAGUAGUGCACAGCGUAGGACCGAUCAUCCUAGAGACCAUCCUCGCCGAACCAUCAGUGAAAGCGAUCCUCUGGACUGGUCUUCCAGGUCAGGAGAGUGGAAAUGCCCUGGUCGACGUGCUGUACGGCACCACCGCCCCAAGCGGCAAGCUACCCUAUACAAUCGCACGGAAACAGAGCGAUUAUGGCACGCGUUGGCUCAAUUCCCAGACCGAUGAUUUCAUGGAAGGUUUAUUCAUUGACUACCGCCAUUUCGACGAGAAUGACAUUGUUUCGCGCUAUGAGUUCGGCUACGGCCUCUCCUACACAACCUUUGAAUACACCAGGCUGGCAGUGAGUGUCUUCACUACGUCAGGCCCAUCCAAGGGGCCGAUUAUCCCGGGCGGUGCGGCGGAUCUUUUUGAAUCUGUUGGAACCGUCUCCAUUAUUGUUCGGAAUAGCGGCAUCGUCGCCGGUGCCGAAGUUGCACAGCUGUAUCUGGGGCUGCCGGAUUCGGCACCCGCAACAGCCCCGAGACAGCUGAGAGGGUUCCAGAAGGUGAACCUGCAUCCGGGACAAUGGUCACAAGCUGUGUUUGAGCUGACACGACGGGAUCUCAGCUACUGGGAUGUGGAGCAGCAGAAGUGGGUGGUUCCGAGUGGUAGUUUUACGGCCUAUGUUGGUAGUUCUAGUCGUGAUAUUCGCCAAGAGGAGACAUUCAUUAUUGAGUGA